AUGGCUCCCGCUACUCUUGAGAAGGAGGACAAGGCCCGAGAUGCCGCCUUCAACAAGGCCCUGCACGGCAACUCGGCGAAGGCCAAGGGAGGCAUUGCCGCCAUGUUCUCCAAGGGCUCUGACGCGAAAAAGGCCGCUGUGGACGAGUAUUUCAAGCACUGGGACAACAAGCCCGCCGAGAACGAGACCGCCGAGGAGCGUGCCGCACGAACAGCCGAGUAUGCCACUCUGACGAGGCACUACUACAACCUGGCCACCGAUUUGUACGAGUACGGCUGGGGCCAGUCCUUCCACUUCUGCCGCUUCUCCGCCGGCGAGCCCUUUUAUCAGGCCAUUGCCCGUCACGAGCACUACCUGGCCCACAGCAUUGGCAUCAAGGAGGGCAUGAAGGUGCUCGACGUUGGCUGCGGUGUUGGCGGUCCGGCCCGUGAGAUUGCAAAGUUCACCGGAUGCCACGUCACCGGCCUCAACAACAACGACUACCAGAUCGACCGAGCCACUCACUACGCCGAGAAGGAGGGUCUCUCCAAGCAGCUGGCCUUUGUCAAGGGCGACUUCAUGCAAAUGUCCUUCGCUGACAACACCUUCGACGCCGUCUACGCCAUUGAGGCCACCGUCCACGCCCCCACCCUGGAGGGCAUCUACAGCCAAAUCUUCCGCGUGCUCAAGCCCGGCGGUGUCUUUGGCGUCUACGAGUGGCUGAUGACUGACGAGUACGACAACAACAACCUGCACCACCGCGAGAUCCGUCUCGGAAUCGAGCAGGGCGACGGCAUCUCCAACAUGUGCAAGGUCUCCGAGGCCCUGGACGCCAUGCACGCCGCUGGCUUCGAGCUGCUGCGACACGAGGAUCUGGCUGACCGCGAGGACCACUCGCCCUGGUACUGGCCCCUGUCCGGCGAGCUCAAGUACAUCCAGACGCUUGGCGAUGUCUUCACCAUUGUCCGCAUGACCAAGUGGGGACGCGCCAUUGCCCACAACCUGGCUGGCCUGUUGGAGACGGUGGGAAUUGCACCUGCCGGCACCAAGAAGACUGCCGACAGCUUGGCUCUUGCGGCUGACUGCCUGGUUGCUGGUGGUCGCGAGAAGCUCUUCACACCCAUGUACCUCAUGGUUGGCCGCAAGCCUGAGGCUUAG